CCAUAGAGGGCGCUAAAGACUCUAGCGGCUCGUAAUAUAUUACAAUUAUUCCCUUAUCAACGAAGAAGAAAAGUAAACUCAAACAUGGCGACUCCCAUGCAUCGAAUAAUAGCCAGGCGGCAAGCGGAGGCAAAUAAACAACAUGUCCGUUGCCAGAAGUGUUUGGAGAUGGGUCACUGGACGUACGAAUGUACCGGGAAGCGGAAAUAUGUGCACCGACCAUCAAGGACGGUAGAAAUGAAAAAGAAGCUCAAGGAAAUUGAAAAUCAACCCAGGAGCAUCACAGGACCGGGACAACAAAGCUCCAGUGAGAAGAAAACUAAGAAGGCGAAAGACGCCAGCGGGAGCAGCAGCAAUUCAGACAGCUCCUCCAGUGACUCAUCAUCAGACAGCACCGACUCCUCCAGCUCCUCCUCGGAUGACAGCGACGACGGCGGCAGCAGUGACAGCGGCGAUGACAGCUCAUCCUCCUCCUCCUCCUCCUCCUCUUCUUCCUCUACCUCCACCACCUCCUCAUCAUCAUCCUCGGACAGCUCAGAGUCUGGAAGCGAUUCAGAUCAAGGACCUCCAAAGAAGAAGAAAAAGAAGAAAUGAAUUUGUAAUAAAUGUGCCGUAUCGCUGGUUUAUAUUUUAGCAGUUCACAUUCCUGCAUUUAGUAAACGCUGUUGAGAUGCUUUGUACAGUUUUGUUAGGACAAAAAAAAAAAAAAGCAGAUUUUCGAUGACAUUUUCUUUUUAAGUUUGUUCAUCCUGCUCAGGGGAGCUGUUGAGGAGUAUACUGUGCUAUUAGGUCUGGACUAAAGUAUAUUUUUCCUUUGUACAGCUCACAGCCUCAACAUGUCAUGGAAAUAUGUUAAUAUGCAAGCCAUUAAACGGACUGAAUAAAAGUUUGAGGUGUCUUAGUGUGAAACCUAAGUUUUGGUUUAAACUGUAAAACAGGGGUCUCAAACUCAAUUUACCUGGGGGGCCACUGGAGCUAGGGUCUGGGCGAGGCUGGGCCGCAUCAGGUUUUCCAAAAAAAAAACAAAAAACGCAUUUAUUAAAAACAGAAAAAUGAAUAAACUUUGCUUUGGUUCCGAUUUUCUACA